AUGAUUUUUAUUGGAAAAGGAGAGCUAAUAAAUUGGGUAAAUAAACUAAAUAUAAAGAUAAGUAGGAUAGAAGAUGUGGGUAAAGGAGAAAUAUUAUGUUUAAUAAUAAAUAAGUAUUAUCCUGAUAAAUUACCAAUAGAUAAAAUAAGAUUAAAUCCAAGAUCACAAAAUGAUUAUUUAUAUAAUUUAAGUCUUGUUAAAUCAUUCUUUAAUUCUAUGAAUAUUAGAUUAUUAAUACCAAUUUCUAAGAUGAUUAAUUUAAGAUUACAAGAUAAUUUAGAAAUACUUCAAUAUUUUUAUAAUCAUUUUAAUAAGUUAAAAAUUUAUAAUUUUAAUGAUAAAAAAGAUUUAAAUGAUAAUAAUAAUUUAAAUGAUAAUAAUAAGGUUAAUUUUAUUAAUAAUGAUUUAAAUAAUAAAAUUAAUGAUAAAGUAGAUAAUAAUAAUAAUGAUAAAGAUAAAAUAAACAAUAAAGAUAAUGAUAAUAUAAAUGAUAAUAUAAAUUUAUAUAAAAAAGCAUGUAAUGAAUAUCAAAAAGAAGUUAAUUUUUAUUAUCAAAAAUUAGUUAAAAUAGAAAGUUUAUUAAAGAAGAAUGAUGAUUUUAACAAAGAUGAAUUAAUCAAUUUAAUUGCUGAUGUUUUAUAUGAAAAAUAA